GUAAUCUCUAAUCAGUAUGCCGCCGAACGUUAUCGCCGACGGUCCAGUUUUUUGUGCUCGUAAACUUUGCCGCUUUCUUUCGAAGCUAUAUUUAAAAUAUUCGUUAAUAAUGGCUGAUUCCAAAUCGCCGGCUACUCUGGACAUGACCAGUCUGCCCACGGUGCGCAUCGAUCUCACCGUACCGUCUUUGGAUCGAAUCAUUGAAGCCCUUUUACCGGAAUUGUCGAAAAAUUUUGAGACCGUAAGUGUGGACGCUGUACAAUGUCCCGAUUUGACCUGUUCGCCAUUCAACUUGGCUGCCGAAGGACUGAAUGGUGACGAAAUGGUAAUCGACAUCGGCAGUCCGUCGUUCUUACUGCCCUUGGUGAACUUAGACAAGGUUUACGAUAUCAGAGACUUCAUGAAAGUCACGGGGACGGAUCCCCUGUUCGUGAUGGGAGCGGGCGCAGGUCCGUGGCCGCAUGUGGGGGUCAACUGCGAAUUCAUUGGAAACGUACGAUUGACGUCCGACGACAGCGUUAACAAUAAUAAUUGUUCUCACCUUUACAAAGUCGAUCCCCAGACUGGGAGUCAAGUGCACCACCGUUUGCCUCAAGACGAAACACGAUUCGCACUGUUGGCCAAUUUUUACACUAGCCGCGGUAUGAAAGGAGAGGUUUUGAAAAUAGUGUGCGAAACUCGGAAUGGCCCGUUAGAUUUUGUUACGUCUAUCAGACAAGCGUUGGCAAAAUAUUUUGGCGACAAACCGGUCGGUUUGGGUGGAGUGAUUUUAAUUGAAACAAGUAAAGUAAAAGUUCAUGUUAUGCCUGACUUUUCGAAAACGCCGCUCCACUCGGAAACCGAUUUGAACAAUUGGCUUAAGUUUUUUGAAGUGUCCACGCCAUUAGUGGCUCUCGGUUAUCUUGUCUCUCACGAUCCGGGUUUGGAUUUGAGACCUCAGCAUUUUCAUAUGUUUGGUACACACGGAGAAGGUGGACACUAUCAUCAUGACACAGAACCAACCACUGUGAAAUACACUGCCUAUUUUAAUGUGGCCAAAAAGUUGAUAAGAGUCGACCAGCCAGAAAUAGCUCUUUUGUUUGGUAAAGAUUAGAUUUUCUGAAAACACAUAUUAUAGUUGUAUUGUUAAAUAAAUAAUAAUAAUUCUAAACUGAUUGUUUUAAUAAUGUACACUAUGAAGAAUGGACGAUUAUAAUAAAUAAAUUUGUAUGUCCUAUAUAAUUGUGUUUGCUUAACCAUGUAAUUUUUAUUAUCUAUAACUUACUUUAAUGUAGUUAUAAAAUCUUUUCUUUUACAGUUUCAUACUUUACUUAUUUAAGAGAUUGAUAGGUUUUCCACUUGAAUUAAGUAUAAAUAAGUGUAUAGACAAAAAUAUAGAUAUUAUUUCAGUGAUAUAAUAAAAAAAAUCAAUUAUAAUUAUGUUCUAAAUAAAAAUAAUUACAUACAAAUCGUAUACAAAACAAGAAUUUAGUUCCCAUCGUCAAAAUGGUAUGUAAUGUAUAAAAACCAACAAAUUAUUUUGUAUGCUUUUUAAAAUGUAUAUAAAAUAAAAUUUGAAUAUAAAAAUAAAUGUAUUACAUGUAAUUUCUUUAAUAUACAAUUUACGAUGUAGUGAACACGAAGUUGGACGGAUCGUUUACAUUUAUCACAAUUAAAUUUCUUAUAAAAAAUUGUAAAAGAUUAUACAUAGGUAAAUUAAUUUAAAUAACUAUUUUUAAAAAAAA